GGAUGGGUUCAAGUAUGGCUGCGAAUAACGCCGAGUGGUUGGACAGCGUGCUGACGAUGGAAGCGCUGAGGCAAAUUGUGGUCGUGGAUUUGGCGUGCGGCAUGCUAAGUCGUCGUUUCCUGGAGCUGGCUUCUGGCAAGAUGCUCUACAAUGAUAAAUAUCACUGGCUAUUGAUUGAGGAUUACACGCUGCACGUUGGUGCGGGCGUCAGGCAGAGGGAACAGCAGCAGCAGCAACAGCAACUGCAUCUGACGGAUACGGCUAUGGCUACGGAUGGAAAUAGGGAAACGGACGAACUGCAGCCCAUUGAGAACUUAAUGGAGACCCUGAACUUCUACAUGAACACCGAACUGACACUGGCAAAGAGAGCGCCUCAAGAUGCCAGUUAUUUACUGUACGAUGUGUGGAGUCCUGGCCGUAACUAUGGCGGCGAUGUCAACAUAACGAAAAUUGGCAACUUUACAUUGACAGACGGGAUGCAGCUACAGAGCUGGUUUCGCACAACAUCAACGCUGCUGCGACGUCUUGAUAUGAAGCAUGCCCAAGUGCGUUGCAUGGCUGUGGUGACGGACAAGAAUAUGACGGGCUCACUGCUCCACUAUUUGACGCACACGUCGGGCUAUAUGGAUACGAUGAAUCGCUUCAAUUUCAAUCUGCUUAUGGUCGUCCGCGAUAUGUUCAACUGGACGUUUGUUCUCUCGAAAACCAGCAGCUGGGGCUAUUUAAAGAACGGGCGAUAUGAUGGCAUGAUUGGUGCUCUCAUACGUAAUGAGACGGAUAUUGGCGGUGCUCCUAUUUUCUAUUGGCUGGAGCGGCAUAAGUGGAUUGAUGCAUCUGGUCAAAGUUGGUCAAGUCGGCCGUGUUUUAUCUUUAGGCAUCCCCGUAGUACGCAAAAGGAUCGAAUUGUGUUCCUACAGCCAUUUACGGACGAUGUUUGGAUGUUAAUUUUGGUGUGUGGGGUUUUCACUGUGCUUAUACUUUGGCUGCUCACAACCAUCGAGGGUAAACUUAACCCACAGCAGGGUGCUGCGCUGAUUAAGCCAAAGGGCGGUGCACCACAACAUCAUCAGCAGCAACAACAGCAGCAGGUGGAGGCACGUCCUGUUUCCCAUGUAUCCCUUGUCUCACUGGAGCUGCAACCUGUUGAGGGUAGAUGUUGGCAGCGCUGCUUUGCAAGAUUAAGAAACUACAUCAGAAGACGCAAGGCACUGGCUACUGUAUCUAAUCGACAGGGUCUUUUUAUGGAGUCUGUGUUGUUCUUUGUGGGCAUUAUUUGCCAGCAGGGUCUGGGUUUUUCCACUAACUUCAUGUCGGGUCGCACAAUUGUUAUAACCAGCCUGUUGUUCUCCUUCUGCAUCUUUCAAUUCUACUCGGCGAGUAUUGUGGGAACACUACUCAUGGAGAAACCUAAGACCAUAAGGACUCUGAAAGAUCUGGUGCAGAGUUCGCUGAAGGUGGGCGUCGAGGAUGUUCUCUAUAAUCGCGAUUAUUUUUUGAACACCAAAGAUCCUGUAUCCAUGGAGAUAUAUGCCAAGAAAAUUACCCAAGUGCCAACUAACAAAGAAAUUGAGGCGCCUAGUGCUGUCCCUGACGGCGGUCAGGGACAGCCGUCCACUCCUGAGGAUGCGGACGGAGCGUCAAGCGGUGCUUCAGCUAAAGCCUAUCGUGAUAUUGUACACAGUCAUGAGGUGGGAGCGCAUGCCAAGGAAAAUGCGGCAACCAAUUGGAUGGAUCCUGAAACGGGCUUGCAACGUGUCAAAAAUGAACGUUUUGCUUUUCAUAUGGAUGUUGCUGUUGCCUAUAAAACAAUUGCCGACACUUUUAGCGAGCGUGAUAUUUGCGAUCUUACAGAGAUCAGCAUGUUUCCACCGCAGAAAACGGUGGCCAUAUCCCAAAAGAAUUCACCCAUGCGAAAGGUCAUUUCAUACGGCUGGCGACGUAUUACGGAAACUGGCAUAUUUGCAUAUCAUUACAAUGUGUGGCACACGGCGAAGCCGCCCUGUGUGAAGAAAAUUGAAACCUCGGAUUUGCAUGUUGAUAUGGAUACUGUAAGCUCGGCGCUGAUGAUACUUCUAAUUAGCUAUGGCAUAACAAUAUUCGUGCUAAUUAUUGAGAUACUUUACUCGAAGUGGCACACUCGCAUUGGAAUCAAAUUCAAUUAAGAAACUUUCUAGCUUAACAGUUUCCCAUAUAACUCAAAACACUCCGUUUAUUAAUAGUCCUUUUUGCAUUAAGCUGCCCAGGAAUCCAUUUUGAUUUUUAGCUUCACGCAAAUAUUUUACU